AUGAAUCCCCGCAUCACCACCUCGUUUCUGCUGGCCAACCUCCACUGCCCAUCAUGCGUGUCAUCAAUCCAGCAGGCUCUCAAAGAGUCUUGCAGUCGCGACGUGAUCUGGGUGUCACCCAACGUCGUCACCUCGGUCGUCACCAUUGAACACAGGCACACCGACACCCCCGACAUCACCAUCCGCUCCAUGGCCAAGGCAUUACAGGAAGCCGGCUUCGAAAUCAGCGGUGUCACCACAACGGCUGCUACCACCAGUGAUUUGGACGUGGCAAUCCAGGGCCAAGACGCCUUUGGUGUGAUAGACUUAACCACCUGGCCACCCACUGAAUCACCAGUCCAACGGGAGGCUCACCUUUUGAACUGCAAACAGUGCCGCGAGUCCGAGGAAUCCACUCCCCAUGGCUCUUGUCGCUCACCCGUACACGAGUACUUGCCAGACCACGGCAGCAGCAGCUCCGACACACGCAGAGAGUCAGGCACCGAAACGCCCAGCCAGUGGAGGGCAACCCUCUCCAUUGGAGGAAUGACCUGUGCCUCCUGUAGUAAUGCAAUCACCGAACAGCUCAGCAAAAAGGACUGGAUUUCCGACGUUGUCGUCAAUCUGGUGGCCAACAGUGCUACUGUCGAUUUCACAGAGGAGGGAAAACAAGACGACAUCGUCGAGAUGAUCGAAGACAUGGGUUAUGACGCGCAUCUCGACAGCGUGGCUGGCCUCGGGCAAGACGAGACCUCCGAAGUCGGUUCAUGGAGGGCUACCGUCGCUGUCGGAGGCAUGACCUGCGCCGCUUGCGCCAACACCAUCACAGAACAGCUGAGCAAGAAAGAUUGGGUUUCCAACGUCGUAGUGAACUUGGUUACGAACAGCGCCACCAUCGAUUAUACGGAAGACGGCAAGCAGGAUGAAAUUGUUGAAGCGAUCGAGGAUAUGGGCUACGAUGCUACCUUGGACUCCGUGACGAGCGUCAAGAACGAGCAAAAGGGUGCCCAGGAGCGUACGGUUCAGAUCUCGAUUCAUGGGCUCUACUGCCAGCACUGCCCUGGCCGAGUCUCGCAUUCUCUCAGAUCCUUCAAGCGUGUCAAGGUUAUGGAAGAGCCCACACCCCAGAAACCCAUCAUCACCGUCAAGUACACACCCGAAGCGCCGUCCUUCACCAUUCGACAGAUUCUGUCCGCUAUUGACGCUGCAGACCCUGCGUUCAAAGCCACAAUCUACCAUCCGCCCAGCCUGGAGGAACGCUCAAAGCUUAUCACGAGAAAGCACCAGCAGCAACUUCUCAGGAGAAUCUACCUUACACUGGCGGUCAGCAUUCCGACUUUCGUCAUUGGCAUUGUGUACAUGAGUCUCGUAUCCAAUUCGGAUCAUGGGAAGCACUAUCUCAUGAAGCCAUGGGUUUCCGGUAUCAACCGAGCGCAAGUCGCCCUGUUCAUCCUCGCAACACCGGUGUAUUUCUUUGGUGCGGAUGUUUUCCACACGAGGGCGAUCAAGGAGAUCACGAACUUGUGGCGUCCCGGCAGUAAGACGCCCAUUCUGCGACGUUUCUACAAGUUUGGAAGCAUGAACAUGCUCAUGUCACUCGGAACGACCAUCGCCUACGUCUCAUCCAUCUGUCAGAUGGUGGCAGCAGCCAUUACCAAGCCGGAGAUGAUCGACGACACUCAGUUCUAUUUUGAUUCGGUUGUCUUCUUGACUCUGUUUCUACUUCUCGGUCGCCUGAUCGAGGCAUACAGCAAGUCAAAGACGGGCGAUGCGGUCGAGGCGUUGGGCAAGCUGAGACCUACCACUGCCACACUGAUCACCAAAGAUUCCAUCGGCAAGACGACAGACUCAGUCGUCGGCGUCGACAUGCUCGAGUACGGCGACAUCAUUCGCGUACCCCACGGGGCAUCGCCUGCUGCGGAUGGCGUUGUGGUGGAGGGCGAGAGCAGCUUUGACGAAUCCAGCUUGACCGGCGAGUCCCGUCUCAUUAAGAAGGUACCGGGAGAUGAGGUUCACGCCGGAACGGUCAACAAGGACUCGGCCCUUCAGGUACGCAUCACGGGCGCUGCGGGGGCGUCCAUGCUCGACCGAAUCGUGUCCAUCGUUCGCGAAGGCCAAACGAAGAGAGCGCCGAUGGAACGCAUUGCCGACAGGUUGACAGCCUACUUCGUCCCGAUCAUCACCCUCAUUGCAGUACUGACCUGGCUGACCUGGAUCGUUCUUGGCUAUGCCGGAGCGAUCCAAAGGCGCCAUCUCAACACGGAGGGUGGCUGGGUUGCCUUUGCUCUGCAGUUUGCCAUCUCCGUCUUCGUUGUGGCCUGUCCUUGCGGCUUGGCCCUGGCAGCUCCCACAGCCAUUUUUGUAGGUGGUGGCCUCGCAGCGAAGCACGGCAUUCUUGCAAAGGGAGGUGGCGAGGCCUUCGAGAAGGCGAGCAAAGUCGACGUUGUUGUCUUUGACAAGACCGGCACAUUGACUGUUGGCGGCGAGCCCAAGGUUACCGAUGCUAAGCUCUUCCUUGACAUGGCAGACACCACAGUGGAAAGCGACAUGGUUCUGGCCACAUUGCGAGCAGUCGAGGAGAACAGCAGUCACCCAGUGGCCAAGGCUAUCGUGUCGUACUGCGCGACACAGACCGAGGUUUGGACAGAAGUGGAAAACGUACAGGAACUACCUGGCAAGGGCGUCAAGGCAAAGAGCCGUGGGGAGAAGCCGGAAGAUUCCAUCGAAAUGAUCGUGGGCAACGAGUCCCUCAUGCGCGACUACAAAGUCGAGCUCGUCGAGCAAGUGUCUACUCAGCUACAGCUGUGGAAGACCGAGGCCAAGUCGGUUGCUCUCGGUGCCAUCAAGCCCGCGACAGCUGGUGCCGAUGCGCCGUGGACACUGGUGGUCGCGCUGGCUAUCUCGGAUCCAAUUCGCCCCGAAGCGUUCCCCAUCAUCCGCGCACUCAAGGAUCGUGGUACUCGCGUCUGGAUGCUCUCUGGUGACAACAUCGUCACUGCGAAGGCUGUGGCUUCGCGCGUUGGCAUUAACCCUGACAACGUACUGGCCGAGGUUCUUCCCUGGGAGAAGGCGGACAAGAUCACGUACCUACAGAGCGUGCUGAAGGCCCGGGUCGGUAGAUCGCGCGAGCAUUCGACAAACCGAGCCACGGUUGCCAUGGUCGGCGACGGCAUCAACGAUUCCCCUGCGUUGACCAAGGCCGACGUCGGCAUUGCCAUUGGUAGUGGCAGCGAUGUGGCUAUUUCGAGUGCCGACUUCGUCCUUGUGACAAGCGAUUUACGGGCAGUGGUGACGCUUCUCGACCUGAGCCGAAGUGUCUUCCGUCGGAUCAAGGUCAACUUUGGUUGGGCAGUCAUCUAUAACCUGCUCGCCAUCCCCAUCGCGGCAGGCUGCUUGUACCCCAUUACGACGUCUUCUGGAGAGCAUAUUCGCCUGGACCCCGUUUGGGCUAGUUUGGCAAUGGCUCUCAGCAGUAUCAGCGUUGUUUUGAGCUCUCUUGCGCUGCGCUCCAAGGUUCCAGGUCUUGGCUUCCGGCCCCGUGGUGUUCGGAAUGCAUAG